AUGCCGAAAGUCACCAUCAUCAACGACACGCAGGUGCCGCUCAAUAUCUGCCUGAAGCAGGUCUCGCCGCUCCACUAUGCCAACUCGGUGCCACCCAACGGUGGUCGCGCAACAAUGCACACGGGUCGAGUGUGGUUCACCAUCCAGGCUCGUAUAGAUCGCGGCGACAAUGGAUACGACAAGUUUCAAACGUAUGCUCCCAUCGCUGCUAUCACCGUCGGGGCGCUGUCGCUCGGUGCAGGGGCCAUCUACUUUGCAGGAGUCAGCGCAGCAGCGGGAGGAACCGUUGCAGCCGUUUCGGCUGUCGCGGCCAGAGUUUCGACUGCUGUUGCAACACACACUCCCACAGUGAAGCGCCUGCUCAAGUAUGCAUCCAAAGGUCAAACGGUGGCCAAGAUCGGGCAGGUUGUGGGUAUCGGCGGCGGUGCCUUGGCCGGUGCGAAGGGUGCAAAUGGCAAAACAAAGCCAGUGGAUCAGCAGCUCAAGGACAAGGCUGCACAGGCAUCCAAGUCGGCCUUGAAAAAGCUGCUGCAAGGUAGUGUCGUCAGCUCUGCAGGCUGGUACAUCGACCGAGACCGCACCAUUCGAAUCACCGGUGGCCCCAAAGCCUCCCUCGCAGAUGGACUGCUUGUCAUCGAGACCGACACCACCGUCCCCUUUACGCUGGUAGAUGAGACUGGAAAGACGGUGGCGGUCGGCAACCAAGCUGGUGGAGACCCCGUUCCUCACAUCCGCACAGAGGGGGACGACCUCGAUGCUACGGAGGAUGCGGCCAAGCUGAACCAGCCUCCCGGGUCCUCGGUCGCCAUGGGCGUCGGCUCAGCUACUACAGCAGCUGCACAAACGCAGAAAAAGAAGAAGGACGGUUUCUGGAUGCGCGUCCUCAAAGGCGACGAUGGUUUCUAG